AAAGUUUACUGUUUUUUAAUGUUUAAAGCGACAUUUUAUACAUGUUUUAAAAUGAAAAUGGAGUAUAAGACUAAGGUGCAGACAAAUAACAACCAUUUAUGAAAGUAAGCGAAAUGAAUGGUUGGGUGCUACGACAGUUUGGCAAAGGUGGCAGGGAUUCUUCGGUUUCCCCUCUCAUUCUUCUUCUCCGUUCCUACGCCACUCGCCGCUCCAAACCCACCCCACCGGAGAUUCCUUUUCAGCCCAAACUGGCUAACGCCGUCGAUCUCAUCGGUCAGCUACUCACGCCUCUUCAGUUCCACGAAUCUCCCGAAGGCAACGCCUGGGCCACCGCCGUCAUCACGCGCCAAGAGUCCCCUUCUUCUCCUUUCCUCUCGAUUCCGCUUCUAUUCGAGGGUGAUCUCGCUCAUACCGCCAAAUGCCAUCUCAAACUCAAUGAUUUCAUCCACAUUGCUGGAAAUCUCACCACUGAUCGUCAUCCACUACACCCCCAACAACACCACCAUCAAAGCAAUAUCCAGGUUAUGGUGCAAACCCUGAACUUUGUUCAAGGAUAUCCCCAACUCAACACUACAUCCGCAUCUUCAACUACCAAAAUACUUCCUUUCUCUAAAAGUGAGGAGCAUGACAUCAAUCCAUCAAGGAAGAAUAUCCGUGCCAAGCAGAGUAAAGAGCUGGACAAAGACAAUUCUUGGAAGGAUCUCCUUGAUAACCCCGUUGAAUGGUGGGAUCUUCGUUCAACAGAGGAGAAUCCAAAAGGUGCAGCUUUUGAAAGAAAGACAAAUGGUGAAUUACUCUUUAUCAAUAGCUCAACUCCCAAAUGGGUGCAAGAGAAAUUAGAGUUAGUGACAAUUAACUUGAAACCUGAACCAAAACACUCAAUAUCCUCUGCGAAGAACAGCCCAGAUUCUUCAAUGAGUUCUUGGAUAGACCUUGUAGAUAAUCCAAAGCAGUGGUGUGAUUUCCGUGACAGCAAACAAAAUGGAUUGGUACAUCCAAAGCACCCUGAUUUCAAGCGCAAGGAUGGCAGUGUUUCCCUCUGGCUUGGCAAGGGUGAAACGUGGGUUUUACCCAAACUGAAAGGGCUUGAAUUUGAAGUUCCCGUUCUUAAAUCCAAAAAAGCAAAGGAUAGUAAAGGUGGUGAUGUGUACUGGAAUGAUUUGGUACAAAAUCCGGCUAAAUGGUGGGAUAAUAGAGUAGAUAAGAGGAAUGAAAAGGCUCCUGAUUUCAAGCACAAAGAAACUGGUGAAGGGCUGUGGCUUGGUUCUUCACCAAGUUGGGUGUUAGACAAAUUGCCACCAGUGAAGCCUAAACAAAGUGUAGAAACUGACAGGAAAUCGACACCGGUUUCAUGAGCAAUGGAGAAAGAAGCAGAGAAUGGAGUCACUUACUAAGUUGGAUAUAGGAUAUAUCCUGUUAUGAGUUUCACUUCCAUGUAAUUAACUUUUUCCUUAGUAAACUUCUGUUUUACUGAUACCUUUACAAACUUAGUACCCUCACAUAUCGCUUACUCAGCAUUUGACUUGCAGUUUCUACCAGCCAGCAGAUCUAUACAAAAUUACUGGUGUUAUUCAAAUA